CCACAGUGAGGUCAUCAUCUCAUUCUUCCAGGUUGUUUACGCGAUGUUGCUGGUUCUGUCUGUUUACUGCGGACAUUGGCGCGUUUCAAAGGCCGACAAAAAAGAGAAACUUCGGCUUGAAGCUGGGUUUUCUUGAAAACUUAGGGACCUCAAGGAACCACACUGCAGGAAGAAUCAUUCAAAACCCAUGAGAAUGGGAUCCUAAUGUGUCUCGGCAAACACCAAACUGUGAGCUGAAGCACCAGAUAGCAAAAGGCAUCAUCAUCCUUGCUAUGUAGCAAAAACCAGGUUUUCCAACUGAGCCCCGCUAUGGACUGUUUCUCCCAAGGUACAAGCUCCAACUUGCCGCUAUCUCGGAGCCCUUGUCCUGUACAUGUUUCUCAGCAAGAUAUGGGGCAGGGAAUGAAUGGCCCUUUUCCCGCCUGGAUAAACGACCUAGAGGUAUACAAAUUGCAGGGCCAAGCCAGAGACGAAUGACAAUUCAUGCUAAUUCUGACUCAGCGGCGGGAAAUUGCUGCUUUGAUUUAUUAUUUAUUGAAUCGUGAGCGGUAGAAGCCAUGACGACUGCGUAACGCUGGUAGAUAGCGAGCAGCCCGUUGGUAUUUUUGGCCGUUAUCCUUGCGCAAGUGAGGCGUUAGCCGAUUUGGGCACCUUGACCAGAAGACGUAGUUACAGCCAUUGCAUGGGAUGACUUUCGAGCGCAAUUCUUCUGUCCUGGAAAAUCCUAGAAGGAACCGAUCUCUUAGGGGGGAGCGGGCGAAUUGUGUCUAGGUUUGUUGUUCGGUGGUAAAUUAUAAGAAGUCCUCCCUUAAUACGCCCAGCCAUAGUAAUUUUGCAUGGACAAACAAGUUUUUUUUUUUUCUUUUUUUUGGCCUCGUCCCGCCUUCGAAGAACAUUCCAUAUUAUAUUAGAAGAAGGAAGCGGAGCUAUUAGUUCUGCCCUUUUCUUUUUCUGCACGCAUUAACUGCUAGGACUGAUCCUGACUCUUCAUUUAUAUUAUUAUUAGUAGUAUUAUUUUUCCCGCUCUGUUAGAGGAGUAAUUUUAUCCCGUCCAUUCCUCCGGUGCGGCUGCUCUUUAUUUCGGUGUCUGUCUGGAGCCUGAGGUUGAUCUUGCCCCUCGUUUUUCUGCCGUCGCCAAACACGUUUUCGCAUUUUCGCUUCUAAUUCUGCGCAUCUCUCUCUUAUCUUGCCGCAAACCCCUCCCUCCCUCCCUCCUCUAUCGCUUUCUUCCCGGCACACAACACUUCCUUUCCUACGAGAAAUUAAACGGCUUGAAUUCGACGAGUCCAGUCUUCUGACAUCAGUCAACGAAAUUUGAUGCCCGCUGAGUUCAUCGCCCUUAAUCUCUGAGCCCAUCUCUCCGGUUCACACGCGAAAUCCGAUAAAUACCCAGUCUGCUCGAUUUUCCCCCUCCUAACGAUUACGACGAAAACGAUAUCGACUUCCAAAUCUUGAUUAUCUCUUCUUUACGUCCAUUUUUUCUUCCCCUCUUAAUCCGGUUGAAUUUUUUUCGAGUUGGGCGUAGUGAUGGACCAGUUUAAAAUGGCGCAGUUUGUUCGUGCUCAGAUCUUUGGCACCACAUUCGAGAUCACAAACAGAUACACUGAUCUCCAACCUGUGGGAAUGGGCGCCUUUGGACUUGUCUGCUCUGCAAAGGAUCAAUUGACGGGACAGGCUGUUGCCGUGAAGAAGAUCAUGAAACCUUUCAGUACCCCCGUGCUUGCGAAACGAACGUAUAGGGAACUGAAGCUGCUCAAGCAUUUGAGGCAUGAGAACAUUAUCAGUUUAAGCGAUAUUUUCAUCUCGCCGCUGGAGGAUAUAUAUUUCGUCACGGAGCUGCUUGGAACAGAUUUACAUAGAUUACUCACGUCAAGACCACUUGAAAAGCAGUUCAUUCAAUACUUUCUGUAUCAAAUCCUUCGAGGAUUGAAAUACGUUCACUCCGCAGGAGUCGUCCAUCGAGAUCUCAAGCCAAGUAACAUCCUUAUCAACGAGAAUUGCGACCUCAAGAUUUGCGACUUUGGUCUUGCGCGUAUCCAAGACCCACAGAUGACCGGUUACGUGUCGACACGAUAUUACCGUGCUCCUGAAAUUAUGCUCACAUGGCAAAAGUAUGAUGUUGAGGUAGAUGUAUGGAGCGCAGGAUGCAUCUUUGCAGAAAUGUUGGAAGGCAAGCCUCUAUUUCCCGGCAAGGACCACGUGAACCAGUUCUCUAUUAUCACAGAGCUGCUAGGCACCCCCCCAGAUGAUGUGAUCGAAACCAUCUGCAGUGUCAAUACAUUGCAAUUCGUCCAAUCCCUGCCGAAGCGCGAGCGACAGCCGCUAAGCAACAAGUUCCAGAACGCAGACCCCCUUGCCAUCGAUCUCCUCGAGCGAAUGUUAGUUUUUGACCCAAAGAAGCGUAUCACAGCUGGCGAGUCUCUUGCGCACGACUACCUCUCACCAUACCACGACCCAACCGACGAGCCUGUAGCAGAUGAGAAAUUCGAUUGGUCAUUUAAUGACGCCGAUCUCCCUGUCGACACAUGGAAGAUUAUGAUGUACUCUGAAAUUCUCGAUUACCACAAUGUUGAUCAGCUCGUACAAGAUCCGAACAAUCAAGUGCCACUCGACCCCGUAGAAGGGACCGCCCAACAGGUCAUGUCCUAACUUCCAAGAGGGGCUUUGAAACGAGAGAGAAAUAAAAUCCGAAAACCGGGUUAAGGAUAAACAAAUUAGAUACACCAAAGUUGGGAGAUUCGGAAAGUACCCUUGUUCUCUCGACAUGUCUUAUUGCUAUAUAAUACAUCCUGAUAUAUUCAAAAACGAAAAACAAGCUCAUAUACCACUACACUCUAGCCUCGUUAUAUAUACUUCAUUGGGGCGAGCGAGCAGGCCUUAAGAAUUCUAUUUUUGCUGCCACAUCUUAUAACAGAACUCUCUAUUUGAUGGUGCUAUUCCUCUGAAUACUUUGGCUGUCAUAUUUUGCAUUUUUAUAUCCUUUGUGGAUGGAUUCCCUGCUGCGCACAUCCUUUCCAAUCUAAGUCUUAUCCCUAUGCUUUAUUUUCUCCAUUAACAUGUCCGGUUCUUAAGCUCUCAUUUUCGGUGUUCACUUGAUUCUGGGUGGUUUGGGAAGCGUUGGGGUUGCCUCCUGCUUUGCUUCUAUUCAACUUGAAAUGUUCUACUUGGGGAAUGAUAGGGUUGGUUGAGACCUUCUCUUGCUAAAGAGCUUGCGAGGGAUAGUACUUCGGGGCGAAAGGGAUUGUCUCAUUACAAUGCUCGUCUAUCGUCUUUCUUGUAUUAUUCCUCUAUCCUCUCGACCCCUUACUCAGCUUGCCGUGCCUUCUUAUCUCCUACCCUUAGCCAUAAAAGCCUAGGCACUAAACCUGCCUCGCUUGCCGAAUGAUACGGUUCCUACACGCACACCGCAAAAAGUGUAUGGCAAAUUCCCCCAUUUUUUUUCCUCCUACGAUUAUUUCCUUGAUCUGUUGUUUUGUUGUUUUAAGUAUUCUACUCAUGUUUUCAUUCCCUUUGAUCAACAAGCAACCGGCUAGUUCAAGUUCUCCUCUACCGAAGCGGACGGAUUGAUUUACGGAGGAUAUUUAUUAUUUGUAUGUAUUGUAGUCUGUACAUAGGCUUUAGUUUGCUGUUAUAUAGAUAAGGCGGGACUUAUUUUGCGUAUCGGAGAAAGGAACUACUAAUGGCAAGCUCAAGUUCAAAAAACAGUUUCUUAAAAAUGCUUUGAUGAAUAUUCGUCCGGCUUUUUGUAU